AUGACUUUCAAAACAUUCUACACCACGUCUGAACUUUCCAGACUCACCGCCGCUGUCGAUGUGGCGAGUGUUGAGACUCUGGAAGAAUUGCAGUUCGACCUUGCCAGUUUAUUCGCAGUGGCCAAGGCAAACACAAUAUCUCUCCAUGCAAAUUCCGAUCUUAUACGAAGCAUAGGUCAGGUACAAACACACGAUGGGGAGAUUCAGGUCAAGGUGGAUGAAAGUCCAGUUCGGGAACCGCUGGGACCACCCCGGCUACCUUUCGUAGGAAACCACCUCGAGAUCCAUCCUGACCACCUGGGAAACCAUGAUCGGCUGUUUGAUCGUUACGGAAGCAUGGUCAAAACUGUGAACAUGGGCACCACUGUGUAUCUCACAAAUGAUCCACGUGUCUCAGAAGUUGUGCUUGGGGAGAACGAAUUCUUCACAAAGACGACGUCGAGCCCUGGCCAUCCUCUGUACUGGAUGCGGGACAACACAGCCCUUUUCACCUGUGACACAUCAUCGCCGGCGUUCAAACCUUCUCACAAGUUUGUGCCCCCCAGCAUGGCUCCAAGGGCUGUCCGACAAUACGUCCCAGCUAUGCAAAAGGCAGUUGAGGAAUCAUUCAGAGUCUUCGAUGAACUCGACAGGAGGCAGCAGGCCUUCAACACCUACCAAUACAUGUUCAAAAUAGGGGGCCAGAUCGUCUACAAGGUGGUGCUGGGCUUGGAAGUGGGCCACUUUGAGUCGCCAGAUACACCGCCACAUGAGAUCAUCCGUCUCAUGGCUGAGUACCUCUCCCUCAUGAAACAGACAUCUCUCAGCCCCAGCUGGCACAAGUACCUCCCGUUCGGCAAGGUCAGACGUCUGUCUUAUGUCCACGACCGACUCUGGGGCCUGAUCGAUGAGGUUGUGAUCGCCUGCAAACCGCCCGAGGGGCAAGACGGUGCGGACAUGCCAAUGCACGAGGCCGCCCUGAACUCAAGCUGCAUAGCGGACUACCUUAAGCGCGCGGUCGACGAGGGCGGGCAGAAGCUGCCGCACGAGUACCUAUUGUCUAACGUGGUCGCGCUCGUCGGCGCUGGCCUCGCAACGUCAUCAUCCAUGCUGUCACUGCUCCUGUACGCACUCACGCGGUAUCCGGGGAACCAGGAGAGGCUGCUCCAGGAGCUGGUCGACUACGGAACCACCUCGGACACGAGGUGGACACACGAAAAGAUCAUGGAGUUGCCGUUCCUUGACCGCUUUGUCAAGGAGGUGCAUCGCUUGCACAGCCCUUCGUUCCAGACAGCGCGCAAUGCCAAGAAGGACGUGAUUCUUCCAGGCGGCUGGAAGAUACCGGCAGGCGGCGUUGUCAUCCCGACAUUCCCUUCGAUACACAAGCACAAGGACCACUGGGACAAUCCGGAACGGUUCGACCCGGACCGGUGGUUGGCGGCGAGUGGCGUUGCCGGUGAGAAAAGGCAUCGCAUGGCGUUUACACCAUUUGCGGCAGGGCCAAGGGGUUGUAUAGGAUAUAAUGUUGCGCAAUUGGAGGCGAAACUUGUGUUGGCAAGUCUGGUGUAUCGGUACAGGUUCACCGAUGUCAGCAAGGAACCCAUGGUGUACGACCCAGAGUUCUUGGUGAUAAGGCCAAUCAACUGUUAUGUGAGGGCUGUUAGGAGAACUGUAUGGCCGGAACCAUCCGCCAGCAGAUAG